AUUCCAGACAUUUUCUAUAUCAGAAGUGUCCAAGCAUACUAGAAGGAUAUUAUUUGCUUUGUGAACGUUUGUCUGGACAUAAUAAAUUAAGAUUAAAUGAUCUGGCAACAUGGGAAAAUCAACAAAAUGAAAAGUAGAUCUUCAUGGAGUUUGCGAGACAUUUAGAGUUCUUAAUAGGAAGUGAUGGUUCUAGAUAUUGUUUCCUACAAAUUCAUUCUUUUAAAAGAAAGGAUUUACAGAAGUCUUUGUAUAGAAAAUUUUCAAAUAUAAAACAGCAAGAAAAUAUUUCAAGUAUAUUAAAACAUAACACUUGUGAAAAUAAAUCUAUGUUAGCAACAAAUAGAGCAAGUAUUUCAAGCUGAAUUGUGAACUGAAUGUAAUUCUGUUUGAAAAAUAGCAACAGCAACAUGGAUUCUCCUGCUCUCAUAGAAGGGAGUUUAUCAGACCGCAUUAGCAAAAGAGACCGUGAAAGAAAAAAUGUCAUUGAAAGACGGAAAGAAGAACGGCAAUCAUUAGCUGUUGAAACAGAACAAAGUAGUUAUUUUAAAGAUACCUUUUAUUCAACGUGCAAGAAGAUCAAAGAAAUGCUAGACGAUGCACUUGGUGCUUCCAUAUCAACUCUCCCUGGAAUAUUUGAUAAAAUAAACAAAGAAAUUCAAACACUUAAAACUUAUUUGUCACAAUCAAAAAUGUUUCUAAAGGUUUAUGAUAUUAGAAGAGCACAAGAACAUUUGCAAUUACUAGAAAGUGAAGCUUCUGAUCUGGAGCUAAAGUUAUUACCUAAGAAGAAAUUUGGUUUUAAAAAUCGAAGGGUUGUGAAAAAAACCUCUGAGAAGACACAUGAUGUUACAGAUGGUUUAAAGGAUUUGAAAAUAUCAGAAGGAAUUGUGAAUGGUUCUACAAAACAAAAUCAUAAAUUAUCAAGUAAAUAUGGAGACAGUGCAUGCAUGUUACUGGGAAAAGUUGAUGAACAGAUAGUUUUGGAUGCUGAAAAUGUGAAUAAAAAUGAUAUUCUGCUUUCUGAUUUAAUUCGUUGUACAGUGCGAAUCUAUGGCACACCUAGUACAUUGCAUAUGAUAAACUUAAAGCAGUGUACUGUGUUGGUUGGGCCAGUAACAUCAUCUGUAUUUAUCCACGAUUGUAGCGAAUGUGUAUUUGCUUUUGCGUGUCAACAACUUCGAUUACACUCUUCGACAGAUUGUACUAUUUAUUUACACGUUACUAGUAGAUCAAUCAUAGAAGAUUGUACAAAGAUACGUGUAGCGCCUUACAAUUGGUCUUACGAAGACCAAGCGAAUCACUUCAAUCUAGCGGGUCUCGAUCCAAAAAUAAAUAACUGGAACUGUAUCGAUGAUUUCAAUUGGUUAUCUAAUGAAAAACAUUCACCAAACUGGUCUGUUCUUGAGCCUGAAUCACGUGUAAAAAGUUGGGAUUAAUAGGUAUACAAAAAAUAAAUUGUGAAACGUAAAAUUCAGUUUUUAAAAUACCAUUUUUUUAAAGUUAGAUACUUAUUUUGUUAUGUAAAUUAUUUAUGUCUAUACUUCGCUUUUUCACAGACAUUACACUAUGUAAGUGUUUUAUAUACUUACGAAAUAUUUAAUAAAAUUACUGUUUAUGAAUUCUAUAUAAAUAA